AUGGAGGGCCCCUCACCAACGCAAGCUAUCUUAGAAGGCCUCCGCGGUCUCAAACACGAAAAAUGGGGCUGGGUCAUCUAUCGCUGCACAUACGCAGACGACAAAGCAUGGACUCGAUUCAAGGAUAUCAUAAACAAGCGCUCCCAUGAGGAAAUCGCCGAAUUUGAUUCUCCCGAGUUGGCCAACACCUUGGAAUGGACGUAUGUCGAGGAUUGCGAUACGCUAGACGGAAUAUCCAUACCCCAGCUCCGUACUCGAUUCCAAGCAUGGGCAGCCGACGCGAUCAGAACUGAAAACCCUCGUGCUGAAGGUCUUGGCCUUGUCAACCACGGAUAUCCUCGAUACAGCUACUUUAUAGAGAUUGACGAGGACGCUCUGCGGCGUGUUGUCUACGAGGCACCGCAGCCCCCUGCGCAUGACGAAGUCGAUAUAGGGCAUGUGAAAUUUGUCAAGGCAGACUAG